AGGUCGCGCCCGGACUGCAGGUCAAGCAGGAGGAGCUGAAGCGAGCCAGGAUUGCCGACGACCUGAGCAAGAAGAUCCAGGCGCGCCAGUCGCCGGAGCAGCUGCGCGAGCAGCAUAUUCUGGAAUGAAGCAUCUCCAGACCUUCCAUAGUUGUAUUGUUUUCUCCUGUUGAACAUUUAGUUUGGGAAUAUUGUAAACCCACCCGCUGGCGCUAUUCUGGCCAUCUACUUUCAAAAUACCGACAUGGAUACGAGUGCUGCGGACCAGAUAGCGCAGUGCGUGAUUGACCAGUACAACCGGCUGCCGAAGAAAGGCAAGCCGGCGACAAAGGCGCCGGGCAAGGAUGAAUGGACGGUUCUGGCCGGCAUUGUGUUCGAGACCCGCAAUGCCAGCAAAUACGAGUGCGUUGCGCUGGGCACGGGGCUAAAGUGUCUGCACAUGCAGCAGCUGAGCAAAUUUGGUGACAGCGUUCACGACAGCCACGCCGAAGUCAUCGCCCGCCGUGCCCUCGUUGUGUAUCUAGCCGAGCAGCUGCUGCUGUGCAAGCAGGACAAAGACUCGAUAUUUGAGUCGCAGGACGGCCGGUUUAAAGUCAAGGAGAGCCUGGGACUGAAGGUCCAUUUGUACACGUCGCAGAGCCCAUGCGGCGACGCAACUGUCGAGCACCUGCAGACAGCCCAGGACAAGGCGGAGGAUAGCGAGCCGUCGGCCAAACGCCGCAAGGUGGGCGAUGGCAGUGUGAUUCGGGGCCAUCAGAAAUUCACAGACACUGGGUCACUGCGCCUGAAGCCUGGGCGCGCAGACUCCAUCCCGACCACAUCCAUGUCAUGCAGCGACAAGAUCGCCCGCUGGAACGUGCUUGGGCUACAGGGCGCCUUGCUGGCGACCCUGAUCCCGCCCAUGUAUCUGGCCAGUGUCGUUGUCGGCGAGCUGUUUACGGAAUCGUCGGUUGACCGUGCCCUGAACAGACGUGUUGCAGGUGUCACUGGGCUGCCAGAGGCGUAUCGGGCAAACACAUGCCAGGUCCGGCACACGACAGUCGACUUUGCCCGUGGCCAGGCAGUAAUGAAGAGCCUGGCUGCGGAGGCCAUUACUGCAGACGCGUCGGUGUGCUGGUACAGAGGCGCUAAGGCUUCGGCAGCCCUGGUCAAUGGGCGUCGCCAGGGCGCCAAGGCCAAGAAAGGCGUCUGCCAGCCAGCCAACCUGUGGCCAGACAUUUGCAAGGCCGCCAUUUUCAGAAAGCUCAGCCCGCUGGUCUUGGGCGACGAAGAGGCGGUGUCUUACAGGCAGGCCAAGGACAGAGCCGUCGACUACACCGCAGCCAAGGCUUGCUUGCUUUCAAAGCCGCCGUUCACCGCAUGGGUAAAGUGUCCCGACGGUCACGAGGCGUUCGACGUGACAGGCACGCUACUAGUGUGACUUAUAAUACAGCAUUCUAU